AAAUAGGGAAUGAGAGCUCAUGUUUUAAUUUCUUAACAUUAUGAAGUUGGACUGAUCUGUUGGAAAUUUAUUACGAAAAUGUAGUCAAGAGAAGUAAAGGCAUCACUGUAUUCAAAAUGAAUAUUUAUUAUGCUUCUUUUCAAAUACCAGGCAUGCUACCACCCCUACAGUUGGGCUAGCCCAGAGCAACUUCCUGGAGCGAGAAAGCGUCGUAGGUGAUCAAUGCCAGAGAGAGUUGGCUCCUCCCUUUCGCUCCCAUGUGAAAAGAUCGAUCAGACGAAGGAGUGGAUUGCUCGUCUCCAGCUCUUCUCAAACUUGUGUUUAUGAUUGUUGUGGCUUCUGCUGUUGUUAAUGUGACCUCGGCAUCAGUAAAAACAUUGUUUUCAUAAGGAAAGUGUACUUGCUAAGAUCGUGAGCAUUUAAAUUUGUUUUCGUUAACCAGAGAUGAAAUUCUCUUUCUUGAGACUGAGAAGAUAUGAGUUAGAGUUAGACACUCUCAAGUAAGACGCUGUAAUUUAUUAAGUUAAGUAAUGUACAUGGAGUAGUGUGGAUACCGGCUCACCACUAUCAAAGAAAAAAUGUUCAGUAAAUCACACUGUUGUUUCCAUUUCUGUGACAUUGGAUGGAAUGGAGUGAAACUCUUCUACUACUAGGCCUAGCCUACUGAGUUUCUGGAGGCAACGUUUUUCGACUCGCGUCAGAUUUAAAUCAUGUUAAGUUCCCUCUCGCGUGGCUAUGGUACCUGGCAUGGGCUUCUGGCUGAUCCGUCAUCAGAGUCUAAUCACAGUUUACCUAGCCUGGAGUCUCAGAAAACAAUUCAUCGUCACGGUGUAACAGUAACACCGCGUGCUAAAACAGUACCAACCCCAAUUCCCGUAACUGAUGAUGGGCAACUCCAUAUACCUAAGACUUACCUUACUCGAAAAGGGGCUCUGGUUUUGUUCACGGGCCCAGAGAGAGUACCUCAAGAGGCAAAGAAAACUCCACGAGUCCAGAAGAAAAAACAAAGACACAAAGAUGUUCUUGAUCUCAGCUUAAAGCUCAAGACAAUGGAGAGGCUCUCUCUGUCAGUUUUGCAGUUUGGAGAUAAGGAUUAUAACAAGGAAGUUUCCAGUAUAAGUGACAAAGAAAACAGCCUGUUUUUCGACUUCAUGCAUGAAUUGGAUCCUGAGCGUGAUUCAGAUUUACACUCUCAGCCAGGGGGUGAUCUCAAGUUCUACCUGAGGGAUCUCAAAAGAAGGGCCAGCGGUCGUGGUUUCGGCACGGGCGACGCCUCUCCUCACCGGGCCCGGUCCGCGGAGCUACAGGAGAUCCUUGACCAGUUGGAGCAGGCCUGGCCUCGCUACGUCAACUCCAGCGCAGGAGAGUCCUUCUCCCACCUGUCUGUGGGCGGGGCCGGAGGGGGCGGGGCUGGGGGCGGGGACAGCAGCUUUAGGCAGUCUCCCACGCCAAGCACAGGGAGUUUAACACGCAGUCGGUUGUCGGUUAAAAAGCUGACAGCUUCCCUGAAAUCUUUGGAUUAUCUUGGCAGACCUGCAUCGACAGAUCCGGACAAUGUCAGCGUCAUCAGCGAAAGUGCCCGGUCAGCGACAGAGUUCCGGUACGGUCGCACCCGGAGCGCCAGGUCUGUGUGGAUGACGGACUCGUCGUCUCCAUCACAGCUGCAGGUUCGACCCAAGACCUCUCAUUUCGGGGGCAGGGGGUCGCUGCUUAAGCCGCACUUGGACGGAAGACUGGUCACUUCACCGGUGCAUGGUAGCAGGGAGGACUUAACAGAUUCAGCGAGACCCAUGUGGGUGGAUAUAGAGGGUCAAGGAGACACCUCUUUCAUCAGCGACGAUAUCCAGUCGCAAGUGUCAGGGAUCGACUUGGACGUGCGGACGCUAGAGCGAGGCAGGGCACACACGCCCAGCUCACAACGGUCCCGGACUCCGUCCAGGGGCGACAGAAGUGGAGAGCGGGACGCCAUGCUUGCCGAGGCUGCUAGUGUGUUGUCCUCUCUGGUAGAGGAGGAGGAUAUGGAUCAUCUUCUCGAUAAUCUAUCUGACGAGGAAGAGGCUAUGGAGGACGGGGCUCAGUGGCCAGGGAAAGAACAGGGACAGACUGGAAGGAUGUCAUCCAUGUCGUCGAGGAGCAAGACGCCACUUCCUCGUGUGGAUGAGGCGAACCAGACAGAAGAGAUGGAGGAUGCUGUAGCACAGCCUCUACAGCCACCUUACUCAGGUGUCAUGAGACGUGAAGAUGGGCUCACAACGCCAUCAGGAGAAGGACAAGAGGACGAACUUUUAGCAAGAAUAUCACCUCAAGGGUCAAGGCCAGAGUCCAGAGCAGGGGCGUCUCGUCCUGGGUCCGUGGAGCCCUCAAGUACCCUGCGUGUGGCAACACCAACAGAUGCACAGACUUUGCUCAGAGCAGGCUCAGUUUCACCAACGGCUGCGUCAAGGGGAGGAACUCCUGCCGCUCUGAGUGGGCAUCCAGAGGAUCUGAUUGAAGAGGUGAGCUCAGUCCUGCCAGACUCUGGUGUGAUGCGAGUCUCUUCUCGGAUCGGGUCGGCAUCUGUUGGGUCAGCUGACCGACCUGCGCCCGAUCCCGACACGCUGGUGUCCUUACAUAAGGACCAGAUCAUGUCACCAGAGCCAACUCGUGGAAGGGUUGGUGAGAAAGCUGUAGAUAGCCCGGUGCUGCCAUUGUUGAAGGAACCAGCACCAAGCGAGCCAUCCCUGAAGGAGACCUCUCCUGAGCCAAGAAAACCAGCUCCUACAACAGAUGGAAAAGAAAAAGUACAAGAGAUGCCAUCACAGGAGGCCAAAGUUGCAGAACGAAAGGUCGGGGCUAAGUCACCACGUUCCCAGAAAGUUGAGGAAGAGGUCAAGACUGAAGAGGUCAAAGAGGAUGAGGUCAAGGCCGAAGGGGAACAAGAGGAGGAGAAGAAAAGCACAGGGCUGUCUGAGAGAGUUAUUAGAGAGAAGGAAGAAAAAGCAAGAAAGGCAGCAGAGUUGAAGGAGAUGAAAGAAAAAGAAGAAGCUUUGAAGAGAGAAGAGGAGGAAAAAAAGAAGCAGUCAGCCGAAGACAAGAGAAGGGCAGCUGAGGAGAGGCUCAAGCUGAGAGCUGAGGAACUGGCGAGGCAAAAGGAGGAGCAGGAGUUACAAGAACAGUCUGGCCUUGUAGUGAAGGAAGAGAGUGAAGAGACUCCUAACGCAUCCUCGUCACGAGCGAAAAAAGGGAAAAAGAAAGAGUCCAAAGCGUCCAAACCAUCGGCAGAUGCUGGCAAGAAGUAUGUCAACUCCCUUGAUAUCUCAUCUGUGCAGCCUGAUGGGAAAGCCAUGGAUGCGUUAGAUAAGCUGAAAGAAGCGAAUAAAGACGACUUACCAGUGGAGAAAAUCCAACAGUGGAUGGCCAGCCAAGGCCCACCAGCCAAGGUAGAGGCGGAGAAGAAGGAAGUGGAAGUGCCGGGACAUUUGAAGGAAAUGUUUGAGAGGAAGACCGAGCACCAGGCUCAGCAGGAGCUGGAUGAGGAGAUUGGGAAAAUGCGUGAGGCGAUGGACGAAGUCUUGGGUGGAAGUGUUGUGCAGUCUGAAGGAACUGAAGGAUUGUCAGCUGAGGACUUUGAGUUGGCUCAGCAGGCUCUAAUGGAAAAGAUUAAAAAAGCAGAGGAGAAGAUAGAAGAAGCCGUAUCUCCGAGGCCUGUUGUCAAGAAGAAGACUCCUCCACCAGUGAAGCCAGGGAAGAAUGAGAAGAAAUCGCCAGUGACGAAGAAAAAGAAAGGAGUAGAAGAGGCAGAGAAAAAGAAAGACUUGACAAAAGAAAGGGAAGCAAUUAAAGAGCAGCAACGACUUGAGAAACAGAAACGUCUUGAAGAAGUUCGGGAACUGCAACAUAAAAUCAAAAGUAAAGAAGAUGCCAGAAAGCAGAAGGAAGCGGAAGCGAAGCGAAAAGCUCAGGAACUGGCAGAGAGAAUGGAGGCUGUGAGGCAGGAGGAGGAGGAGAUAGAGAGGGCAGAGGCAGACGCACGAGCACAACUGGCAGAAGUAAGGAAAGUUCAACGUGAGGAGAGAGAAGCGCGGAGGAAGGCAGAUCUGGAGAAGAAGAAACAAGAUGCCAUUGACAAAAGGGAACGUGAGAAGGCUAUGAUUGAGAAAGCCAGACAGAAAGAACAAGAGAUGUUGGACAGAAUUGCUGAUUCGGAGAUGGCGAGACGGAUGAAGGAAGAGGAGGAAGCCAAGAGGGAAGAGGAAGAAAGACUUGCCCAGGAGAAGUUUGAGGCAGAGCUAAAGGCUGCUCAACAAGCUGCUGAAGACGAGGAAGAAAAGUUGCGAGAACUUGAGAGAUUGGCAGAAGAGGAAGCCUUCCAGCGCCUCAUUGAUGAGAAGGAAGCUGCUGAAGAAAAACGCUGGGAGCUAGAGGAACAGUCGAGACAGUUGAGAGAAGCUGAGGAAAAAGCUAGGAGAGAAAUGCUGGAGGAGGAGAAGAGGCUCGAGGAAGAGAGAAUGAAGCACGAACAUGAGGAAGAAGCCAGACGAGAACUAGAAAGGGAAAGAUUGAGAGAGCUCCAAAGACUCGAAGAAGAAGCGAGGGAGAAAAUGCGAGACGAGCUGGAGAAACGUCGUCUGUGGGCUAUGAAGCGAAGAGAGCACAACUUGGAUGCCAGGGCGAAGCUAGAUGCCAUGAGACAGUCUCAGGGUGUCACCGAUCCGUGGACUUUCUCUUACUUUGUCCGGUGGCCAAAGGAGAGCUACAUGAGACCAAUGGGCCAAGACCCGAAGAAACAGAGAGGACCUCCUCGACCAAAACCUUCUCCCAAAACCCCAGCACCAGACAGCAGUGCACCGGCAACAGCAGAUGCUGCCACCUAGGCUGCUCUGAGAUGUGGAUUUAUUGGCGGUGCCCGUUGAGGGAUCGGUUCAGUUCUGUUCAGUUUGGUUUAUCAACUUUAUCGCCCCCUCCCCCCCCCCUACUCGUGGCCUUGAAAACAAACAAGUUUGUUUUUUAAGUUCAUCGUCAGUUUUUGUUCGAUUUGUGCCACAAUGGUAGCUUUUGUCCCUCCAUAGAGGAAAAUCUGGCUAACUCUGACAACCAAACUGAACGGAACUGAACCGAUCGUACCAAUGAGCACUGCUUCUUAUUUUACCCGGAGCAUUCAGUCAGAGAGAAUCACUGCUGUUCCACAAGUCGAAUGAAGGUUAUCACUGUAAAUGUUCAACAUUCAGCUUUCAACAACAACAAAAAGUCUCCUCAGAGAUAAAAUUACAAAUCUUUAUGUUAGUGUUCAGAGCUUUGAUUGGCUGCAUUUUUCUUAUUGAUAGCUGAAUGAGUUGCACAAUCGUAAAAAAAGACUGCCAUAUGAGAGGUCCAUUCUACAGCUCAUCAGUAAAGUUGGGGCUUUGGUUGGUCAUGUUCAAAGAUGCACAUAGAUAUUCUUCUGUUGCAGGACAAAGUUUUACUGCAAGAGAAUGUUUCUGGCAACAAUGUUUUACCCCAGCUGGCAAUGAAAGACAAAGUAAAUUUUAUGGAUUAUUUUUUUUAAUGACACUGAAUGUAAUUCAAAUUGACAAUGGACUUCACUUAGAAUUUACAAUGACUUUGGAUUCGUAACAACUGCCCUAUAUUUUUGUUUUCAGGAUGAAAAAAUGAAAAUUAUUGCAAUGGUAUUCUGCUUGGUUUUGAAUGAUUCAUAGUAUGUUUUGUUUUAGGGAUUGUUUUUGCCUCACAAUUUCAAAGAAUUGAUUCUGAAAUUGGUACUUUUUACCACUGAAGCUGUGAUUUUAAAAGGAUUUUGUAAGCAAAUGAUGUGAUACAAUGUUGCCUUUCUUGACUACCUAGGCCUUGAUCUGAUAACUUGAGGCCUGGUUCAAGUGUAAAUCUGGAUUCACAGCUCAUGAGACUACAUAUAUGCCAAUCUUAUUUCUAUGCCUGGCAUCAAACCAAUGUAUAAAGAGUCUUUGUUGGUUUUGUUAUGUUUUGUUUUAGCGUUUUAAAAUCUGAACGUCAAUAACUCAUCUGUGAUAUGAAAGUGCAAAUUUACAAUGGCAGUCAUUGAAUUUUGUUUGCCUGUAUCAUUAAGUGCAAACUUGAAUGUAUGAGUGUAUUGUGUUUAGUAAAUUUAUAAAUGCAAACUUGACUGUACUGUCUAUACAUUCAUAUGUGCAAACUUGGCUGUACUGUCUAUAAAUCCGUAAGUGCAAACAUGACUGUUUUGUGUCCUAGUAAAUCUGUAUGUCAAACUUGAUUGUAUUGUAUCUGUAAAUCCGUAAGUGCAGACUUGAUUGUACUAUUUCAUUUAUCCCAUUUGUGCAAAUUUGACUGUGUUUUGCUUUGUAAAUCUGUUGCAAUAAGGGUAAAGCUAACACUGACAGUCAGAGACAUGUGUAUUUGAUGGAGAAAAAAUGUAACAAAUUUCUCUGCAACGUCAGUUGUCCAUCUCAUUUACCCAAAAAAGCAUCUCUAAACUUUUAUGACUAGAAUGAAAAUGGUGGGGUUCUUCUUCUUCUUUUUUACCUCUCCUUGUAAACAAAAAAUUCCUCUUAUGUUCUUUUCCCUUACUAUAUUCAACAACCUGAACUUGCUUUUAUUUUAAUGGUCGAAUAUCAAGAAAUGUUGCUUUUUUUGUUACCCUUUUGCAAUAAAAUGCAUACUUGCUGUAUUUAAUGGGGUAAACCUUGGCUUGCAAUAGCUGCAAAGAGAAUUUUGUAUCUUUCUUGUUGAUGUUACUCUGAUUCUACUUGUGUUCUGCUUUCAAUUUCACUUUUUGUUUUUAAUUAAAUUUACAAAAUUUA